GAUCGAUACAAAUCUAAUGGCGUAUCAUUUAUCAAAAUUGGUUGAGUUGAACAUAUUACAUACAGACAGGUCAAACACAUAACCCUCCCUUGGGCUUCGCCGCAGUCGACCAAUAAAAUCCGAUUACAACCUACUAAACCUUUAAUGCAAUUAUUCAAAUUAGACAUAAUAGGUAUCAUUAUACCCUCUUAGCGCUCCUCAUUCAAAUUAGUUAUACAUAUGUUAUGUGCCAUUAAACUUUACGCGCAUUAAUAAAUUAUAUUCGUUUAAUCCGAAAAUCGCUCACCCGUUGCCUAUUUAGAAAAAAAAAUGAUAUCCCUGAAGAUGUUCAACUUGUACCAACAUAUAAAAUCUGUUGACAAGGAACAACAGAAGGAGCCGGAGACAACAGGCCAUGACAGGUUCUACCAGGAGCGUUCCAGAUCAAGCUACAGGAAGAAGAAGCGACGCGGCGCGUGCCGCAGGGCGCAGUCGGCCGCGGAGCUCGACCCGGAGUCUGUGGCGGCGGCCAACAAGAGGGAUGCCUUCCGCAUACGAUCUGUCUCCACGGACAAGGAGGAGAGCGAAGAGGAGGAGAAGAACACAGAGCGCACGCCGCUGGUGUCCGCUAAGAUCGACUCGCUGGCGAAACUGCUGUUCAACAAGUCGCUGAUGGGCUCCGGCUUCGGGAAGAGUUCACCCUCCGAGUCCGCCGCUUCACCCAAGCAAGGCGAGCGUUCUAUGGAGAGUUCAGUCGCAUUAGCAAUCUGCAAUGAAUACUUAACACACACUCCGCGAUACCACAUGUUGGCGCCACUGAACAAGAUUGGCGCCCGCGGCAGCAAGAAGUGGUUUGCGAUACACGAUAACUCUAUCAAGGCGGACAGACUUCUUAUCCUGAUGCCUCUAUCUAGCCAAUGCCCGAUAGAACCAAAUGAGACGUCCCGUGGACUGAUAAUGGAGCUGUUCCGAGCAUUACACCACCCGUACAUCUACCCUGUGCUGGAUGUGGAGCUGUGCAGUGGACACGCGCUCGCCGUGCUGCCGUACAGCUCGCGGGGCAGCUUGAAGGACCUCAUCUACAAGAGUACCUGGAGCGAAGAUUACAGCCGCAAAUACAGUUCCAUCGGCACAGGCCUACCGGCUACACAGGUAGCGCGCAUCGGCCGCCAGAUGUUAGAAGGUCUACUGUUUCUUAAAGAGAAGGGAUUCCCGCCCUUCCGACAUUUGCAUACAGGGAAUGUUAUGGUGCAAAAUGGCGUGGCAAGGAUCUGCGGUCUAGAGAACACCCUCAUCGGCGCAACGCCACGCUCAAACGCGCGCUCGUUGUCGGCGGAGCGCGCAGAGACGCUGCUGUUCGGUCACGUGCUGUUCGAGAUGUGCGCCGGCGCCGACACCGACCUCACGCUGCUGCCUGAGUUGUGUAACAACUACCCGCAGGUGGUGGAAAUAAUCGAGUUGAUCUUCAGCACGCGACCCCCCACGCUGCACGAGCUGGUGCUAUGCGAGCUGUUCCGGAAGAUCGACUUGCGGGAGAUGAAAGGUUCCUGCUUGCCGAACUUCAGUCAGCGCCUGUCCGGCUCCUGUCUCUCUCUACUCAACGAGGUAGCCCGAAGGCAGCCGGGCGUGAGGGGCGACAGCACCCCGCCGCGUCGCGCGCCCGCCGACCCCGCCACCCCCAACACUCCCCCCACGCGCAGGCGAUACGUACUGGAACAAGACUACACUGAAGAAUGGGCGUAUCAGUGGUGACGACUGACGACUCGGAAAACAAAUCAGUUUACAUUUAGAACAGUAUUUUGUAUAGAACAUUUAUUUAUAAAAUAUUUUUUUGUUAUAGA